UUUAUAAAGUUCUGCCCCAUGCUAACAUUUAGUAUACAAAACAUUUAAUAUCAUGGAUUUAGCUGUUCAGUUAUCAAAAUUCACUGAAAAUCAAUAUACUUGUUCAUCUCAAGACCUUAAACUCUUUGUAUCAAUUUGAAGUCAAUCGGAUUAAAAGUUUGGCCUCUAGAGCGUCACAAGAUUUUUCAAAGUGAUCAAGGGAGAUAACUUUGGAAGUAAUAAUGGGAAAUCGCUGAAAAUCAAUAGGCGUCUUCGUCUCAUGAAUUUAAACACUGUGUAUCAAUUUAAAGUCAAUCGGAUAUUAACUUUAGCCUCUAGUCGUUCACAAGAAAUUGUGGACGAUGGACGGACGGGGGCGACGGCAAUAUACGUCCACAUUUCCAUGUGGGCAUAUAAAAAGGCUACCAGAUGGAUGCUGCAUCCAUACCGCAGAACUAAAGGCAAUAUCCACAGCUCUUGAGUGGCUUAUGAAAUCCACGGGUUUUUUUUCUAUCCGCAUUGAUGGCGGCUAACAUCAGUGAGCUGGAACUCCUGUUUUAACAUGUUUUUUUUUAUGAAAAAGGGAGAAGAUGACCCGCCCUCACUUCUCACGACAGCGAUUUUAUAAGUGUGCUUUAUACAAGGACUUUGUAUUUUGUGUGUUAACCACUUUUAAGGAGACUUUUGAUAUACACAGACAUUUGUAUUGUAUGUUUUUACCAAUUUUCAACCCAUUAAAUGUAAAUAAUCCUAUUAAAUCAACCUGUCCAUAAUAUUAUCAUAUCUAACGUAUUGGACAUUAAAUCUUUAAUAAACAACAACAAUACAUGUAUAUUGUUUUUCAUUAAAUUAAAAUGUUUGGCUGUUAUGACCAAAUCUUUUGGCCGUUAUAACCAAACUGUUUGGCAUUUAUGACUAAAAUAGGGCCGUUUUGACCAAACCUGUUUUUGGCCGUUAUGGCAUAAGGCCGUUAUGACUACAUCCCUUUAGAACAUACCAACAGUCCAACACUAUAUAGGCUACAUGUACCAACCCGAAAGUGCUGCCAAUUAUUAGCUAGUUAACAUAUUUUCUGCUAUUAUCAAGACUCCAUUUUGAAAUUCUCAGCGAUAGCACCAUUAUCCCGCGGUUUUGCAUGGAAAUGUACUACGGCACCCGGGGUCUGAAUACACACAUUUUAUACUACAAUAAUAGUAAAACAAUUAAUUUUGGCGCGAAAACUUGACACAGGCGUGAAUAAUAAUACUGAUAAUAUGUGGAAGUCGAUUGCCAUGCCUUUUGAUUUUAGCUAUCGAUGAAUUUUAAACUUACAUUAUGCAAGAGCUAAAUCUGCCUAUUGCAGGUCUUUGUUUAGGCCUGAAAUGUUAUUUAAUUUAUUAUUUAGACAUUAAUUAACUUAUCCAGAUCAUAAUCAACUCGAGAUGUCAACGCUAGCCUGCGAUAUUUACUGGAUUAGGAUCCCAUUUGCUGCUCAACUUUUAUCCAUUAUUUAAUCAUGAAAUAGAUCUUCGAGACUAUAGUACCGACUUUAGUAAUUAUGAUCGAGGCUAGGCCAAAAAUUCAACGCUAAAUUCUCAGUUCAGAGCGGAUCAAUUUGAUUGAAAUUUUUUAUAAUUGAAGGUGAUGAUGUUUAUUGAUUAAACAAUGACAAUGAGAACUAUUCCUAUGAUAUAUGUAAAUGUAUUAAUUAUAUUGUUAAUAUUGUCACCAUCCUGUGCUGCUGACAAUAGGCAAGCUACAGAUUUAUACAAUCAUGGAAAUAUAAGGUGUAUUAAAUGUCAACCUGGACAUUAUGUGGUGAAUGUUUGUAAUGAGGAUCUAGGAUAUUCAGAGUGUAAGGAAUGUGAAGUUGGAUCCUACACAUACGACGGUGGUGCCAAAUCCUGUGCUACGUGUCGAGAUUGUAAAGAAACUUACAGGCAAAAUAUAUCAGACACCUGUAAAUCAACCCAGGAUACGCAAUGUAUUUGUCCAGAUGGAAAAUAUUGGGAUACCAGUAUUUGUGAGACAUGUGACCCCCCAAAACAUAUUAUCAGAUCAGAUGGAGAUGAAGCAGACCAGUGUGUUGAUUGUGAAAGUGGAAAAUAUUAUAAUAACUCUUUUCCUGAUAGUCCAUGUAUAGACUGCAUGAAGUGUGAUGGGGGCAUAUUACAUCUAUGUAAUUAUACACACGAUACUAUAUGUAUUCCUCCAACCAGUACACCAACCCCAGAAGAAGCAAAUAAUACUGAUACUAUCAUUGCUAGUUCAGUCAUUGGAGUCCUAGCAAUUCUUUUUAUUACAUGUAUAAUAAUAUUGUAUUUGUGCAAGAAAAAAAAUAUUUGUAAGAAAAAAAAUAUUUUUGCAACAAGACCCAAAUGGCUUCAACCAACUAUAGAUAUACUUUCAAGUAAUCUAGGGAAUGUACAAGUGUUUACCAUAGGUCUUCCAGAUGUGAACAAUUUUAAUUGUGAAGUGAAAAGCAAUCAAAUUUAUCCACGUACUCACAUUGCAGAAGGCUAUCUUACAAUUUUCAUCAAUCGGUACUACAGGGCAGACCCUGUGAAUGUUACGGCUCAAGUUUUUUAUGAUAGAUUGAAAGUCAUGGAGCUGAACAUCAUAGCUGAAAAAAUGGAAAAUCAUCAAGAUAUAAAUCCAUUCCUAAACCUAAAAGACACUACUACUAGUGAGAUAAACCAACCAGAUGAAAGUCAUCGCCUGCUACCUGGUAAUCAAAGUAAUGAUGAAACUGUGCAUAGUAGCCAGUCACCAAUUAGUAAUGCAAGUAAUGCACCAAAUAUUAUGCAUAGGAAUCCAUCAGCUGGUAGUGAAAGUUAUCUUAAUGGAAAAAAUAUACCUAUGGCUGAUGCAGUGACUGAACAAGAUGAAGUGACUGAACAAGAUGCAGUGACUGAACAAGAUGAAGUGACUGAACAAGAUGAAGUGACUGAACAAACUAUGAGAAUAUCUGGAACACCUAUGAUGUGUACAGAGGAUCAUGAACAAUCAAACUUUAACCAUAGAAGAAGCAAUGACAGUGUAGAUGCGCCAAGAGGCCAGAAUCAAACAAAUGUGGAGGUAGGAAUAAAAAAUAAAAAAGAUAUUCAUCAAACUAAACUUAAAGAACCUUUAAGUGCAUAAAAAAAUGGUGUAGUGUUUGACAAAAUAAACAGAUAAAAUCUAGUUGGAACACUAAUAAUUUGAGUAAAAGUUAUCAUGUCCCUGUUUAUUUUUUGAUUCAUCAAUGUCCUAUAGACCUGCAUGUAUGUUGUCCUUACAAUGUCAAAGAUAAUAUCUGAUAUUAGUUUUGAUUAUCAUUUAUGCAACAUUUGUUUUUAUGAAUUACAAUGAAAUCCGUUGUGGAUUAUGUAAUAUAUAAAGAUCUACAUCUAUGCAGAAAUGAGUUAUUGAUAAUAAUGAAGUUAUAUAUACUAUACUGAAUGAUAUGGAUUGUGAUCAAAUUUGUUAUAAACCAUGAUGAAGGUUAUUAAGGAUUGUGAUGAAAUCUAGUAUGAAAUACAUGUAUAUUGUUUUGGAUUGUUUAUAAAUGGGUUAAAUUUUUAGCAAAUUUGGUUCAAGUAUUGACAAGAUUGAUUACCAUUCAAUGAAACAUGGACUUUUUUUAUUGUGAUUUACCAUAGUUGUAACCAGAGCCAUUUAUAGAGAGAAUCUUGGCCCUGUUUCUCGAAUUCUUAACUAAAGAUAAAAUCUAAAUUUUAGUAGAUACUUCAGUUUUGAUUGGCUAAGCACUAAAA